CAACUUAGACAUCUUUCUGCGCUCUUCAACAAAGACAUUCAGCGCAACUUGGCUAUACUCAAGAUUCCCCAUGAUGGGACUGUAUUGCAUACAGUAACCAUGUCUUCGUUCCGUUCUCGAGGCGGCCCUCCACCUUCUCACUAUGGCUCGUCUUACGCUCAAACUCGAGACGAUUUUUAUGACGACCGACCAAGAUCACGAUCAUACUCUCGAUCCAUGUCCCGAUCACGGUCAAGGUCACGGUCACCUAAUCGCAACUAUGGCUCGCCCCAUAUCAGAAAGAGUCCCCCGCAAGAUGCGUCUCGAUCCAUGAAUGGUCCCUCAAGGCAAGAGCUACGUAUACGAGGACGAGGCUCGAGUCCCGCCCGUAAUGCCCCCAACAGUCGUGAUGGACGCGACUCCCGCUACACCCAAGACGACCGUGGCUACUACCGGUCACCCUCUCCUCGUCGUGGUCGCCAGUACUAUGAUCGAGACAUCCCCCGAGGUCCCCUGAGCUACAACCACAGCCGCAGCCACAGCCGCAGCCGCAGUCGUGGCCGGGAGAAGGAAAAGCCAAGCAAGGAAAUAAUGAUGGAAGGGCUGGCCGCACACCUUACUGAGAACGAUGUUCGCUUUCCCAAUCGAUUUUGUUCCCUUGCACAAACGGAUAUGAUGAGUGUUUGCUCGUGAAUCAAACAUGUCGCUAAGAUCUUGGGUGGUUUGGACAGAUCUCCGCCGAAUUACAUCAACACUAUCGUGUUGAGGGAUUGGAAGACGUUCGCGUGAUCAAAGACCGUCAGAGCCGACAAUCAAGAGGAUUUGGAUUUCUCCGUUUCUCUACCAUCGACCAUGCGACAGCAUUCAUGGAUCAGAAUUAUCCUAUUCUCUAUCUUUAUGGCGACAGUACCGGAUCCAAUGGAGAUGCCUGCAGAGUCCGAAUAAUGUUCGGCCGUGAACGAAAUGAGCCCAGCAAAAAUGAUGAUCCUGACUGGAUUUGCCCUUCAUGUCGGGUCAACAACUUUUCUACACGAACCCGAUGUUUCAGGUGUCAAACCGACAGACCAGAUCCUGCUUAUGACGUUUUCGAAAAACCAGCCAAUGUCGGCGACAAUGACACUUCUCCUGAUAACACGCCCUCCCAAUUUCUUCUCCUUCGAGGCAUUGAACCCUCGGUCAGCGAAGAACUGUUCGCCAAAGGUGUCGCCAAGCUGAACAAACCUACUCCAUCAACACAGCAGACUCAACAAGAUCAACCGUCGGCGAAGAAGGGCGCCAAGGUUGCUUCGACUACUGGCGAUGCAAAUCUCGGCGCAAAAGAGGGCACCUUACGGCGAGUCCUUUUAACUCGAGAUCGAAGAACUAAUGAAAGCUGGAGAUUUGGCUUUGCAGAAUAUGCUUCGAUAGAAGACGCCCAAGCUGCUCUCAUCCGCUUUAACUCGUUUGACCGAUUCACCAUUGCAUCCAAACAGGUCCAAGUCAGCUAUAUCCACGCUGGAGUUUUUGUCCCAGUCGUCAACCCAUCGCGGGAGAUGGAGAAAUUCACGUUCAGCCCUCUGGGCAAUCCGGCUAUGAAACUUGCAUAUUGGGAUGAGAAUGCAUAUCUAUCAGAAUUGGGAAUCAACAUGACCGUUGUACCGCCGUCGUCAACGGCAACUGAGGACAAACCCAAGACCAACAAAGAUUCGGACAAGGUGAAAAAGAGAAAAGCUCAGACUGAUCCAGAGGCCGCAGCAUCAAAGAAGCCAGCACCCUCCCAUUUACAGUUCUGGAGCAACCGACAUGCUGAACUCCAUGGAAUCGGAAAGAACUCGCAAAAGGAUGAGGACUCGGCUUCAGAAAAUAACGAUGCCCCACCUCUCCAGUCGUUUGCCGAUCCACAGAGAAAUUGCUGCUACCUUUGCAUGCGACAAUUUCAAUCAACCCCGGAAGUCAAUCGACACGAACGGUUGAGUGAGCUACACCGGAAAAAUCUACAAGAUCCAGCCCGAGUGUCCAGAGCGGUUCACAAGCUUGAGAAGCAUGAGGUUAAAUCGACAAUCGCGACCCCAACUUCUCAAUACCGCGAUCGAGCCAAAGAACGGCGCAAGGUCUAUGGGGUAGUAAACAAAAAGGGCGAACAGGUUGGAAUUCCCAAAUCAUCGAGAAGCUCGUCCGACGAUGAGGCGUCGCCUAUGGUACAAUCCAAGGGUGCUUCCCUCCUCAGCAAGAUGGGAUACACAGUCGGUCAAGGACUCGGGGCGUCAGGGGAAGGAAUGAAGGCUCCAAUCAGUCAAGAUGUAUAUGUUGCUGGCGUUGGACUCGGCGCACAGGGUGGUAAAGUCGGUGAUGCUGUUGCAGAAGCCGAACGUAACACCAAGGGCGACUAUUCAGCAUUUCUAGAUCGUACUCGCGAGGGUGCUAGAGAGCGUUAUGCUAGGUUAUGAUGAUACAAGGCCAUUGGCAGGGGAUCCUGUUUGUCAACACCGGACAGACGGGUAAUGUAUUCCAAGUAGGCGCCAGAAAUGAAUUAUGGAACCACACACAGGUUGAUGACUGGACGAUUCAGUGGUUAUGGAUUGCUCAAUCGAAGGGAAGAUAUCCUCGUUUCCUUGCCCAAUUC